AUGAACCACUACGACAUUGGUGACUUUUUGGCAGAUCCAGGCCCCAGCAAAAAGGGGCUAAGAAACAAGUUCUUGGGGUCGGCGGAUCGUCUUCGAAAGCUGACUCUGAAUGUAUCUGAUGCAAUGACUGGAUCUAUCCGAAAGAAGUUUUCGAAGCGCCCGUCGAUCAUGCCGCCACCGCGAGGCCUCGUUAAAAGAGAAGAAAUGCCCCAAGAUUCACCAUCAAAAUCUUCUAACGGAGCUCCAUGCGAUAUAGAAAUUAACAAUCACGGCCCAGUAGAAGUUUGUCAAGACGUGAUCAACUUUGCAACCGCAGGAGUCAAACUACCAACAGAAGGCUUGCUGGAGACUUUGAUCGCCAAGGGACAACAUGCUAUCGGAAUCGACAAAAGGGAAUGUCAUUCCAGACAACCUACUCGUGACUUGUAUUGCCUCGGCGUUACGCCCGACUUGAAUUUCGUCGUCGAAGCAAAAUGUACGCCCGUUUACAAACCGAAGCUCGGAUCCGAUAAGACGCUUUUCCUUGGUGUGGUCUGCGAGCUUACAAACCUUGUUUCAACAUCUCGAUUCAUGCUCGAGCCGCGAGAAAACGAGCUGUUGAUCCUGAAUCCCAGCAACGACGCACAAAAGACGUAUAAAGUGAUCUCGUCCGACUAUCGACGCGACGAGUGGAUGCACCUCAACGCUGAAUCCAACCUUUGUGACAUGAAAGUUCAAAUCAUCAUCGAUAACUUUAACAACAAGCUGCAAGAUAACUCCACGUUUUAUUUUCUAAAAACAGCCGGUGCGAAAUUGCAUGUCUCUCGUCCGUCAUCACCGCUUUACGAAUACCAGUUUUCUUCAGACACUGAAGACGAAGUCGAACCACCUCAAAGCGCAUUUACUGCCUACAAAAACCUGCCGCGCAAGUCAUGCCUGACUUCACUACUCCACCAGAGUCUCUUCGAGACCUUUCUAGUGAGUCACUGCCCAAACUCUCAGCUGCCAGCGCUGACACUAGCUGCUCAUCGGCUAGACUGGUUUGACAAAUAUUCGAGCAAAUUAUACCAGACACCAGCCGCGCAGAAACUUCGAAAUAUGACUGAAGAGUAUAGAAUUGAGAAUGAUGAUUUACGCGAAGUUAUAUCUUCAGUCGGCUCAAGUAUGUCGGGCGCUGAAGAAUUAUCUGUCAUUGAUGAAUUAUCUCGGCGGGAUACUGGAUUAUCGCGUUUUAUUUCCUCUCACUUUGCUGCUCGAGAAGUUCUGUCUAACUACGGCAAGGGUGAAUUACCAUUGGAAAAUUCCCUUAUUGGAAUCGCUGUCUCCGAGCAAUUUUGCGGUGAGACAUCGCAGAACUUUGAAACUAUUAUUGAAAACUUUGGUGACGACAUUCUUCUCAAUGGACGCAAAACAAGAGUACUCGGAGCGAAGAAUUGCGACUACUUUUUGGUUCCUGUUGCUACUUUUGUGAAAGACAGAGAUGAUGAAAUUUACAAACGAUUGUCCACUGUCCUCGUGGAUGCGAAAACAGAUGGCGUCGAGGUCAACGAUGAUGAUUCUGUCGUUUUUGACAACGUAGAAUUGUCAGAAGACUGUAUCAUUGGUCGAGUUGGUUUCGGAAAGCACCAUUUACGGCAUUUACGCGACUGCAUGAACCUUUACAAUGGAGCAAUCGCUUCUUCCCGACUAAACCAUCAUCUACAGAAGAUGAUCGAAGACUCUCAAGUUCAUUCGAGGCAUAACAUGCUUUGGGCUGAUCAUGACGCUUCAAGAGCUAUCGCCGCCGAUCUGCAGCUUGCGUCGUGGACCCUUGACUCAAUGGUUAGGCAGAUUGCUCGCAAAAGAAGCUUUAUCUUUGACGAACUUCAAGCUGAAGUCUCGGCUGUUAAAGUGAAAGUUUCGGAUGCAUCAUUGACUUUGUCAACUCUUCUUCAAUUCUAUCAAUGUGAAAAUGAGGAUCUUAAUGCUGACCUAACGCACUUUAAAGAGAUGUCAGUAAUAUUUGGCAGUUCAAAAGAAGAUUUGGCCGUUGUCGGCUUCGCCGGACUUAACCGGUUUUACGUUCGAAAUCAAAAAGUCCUAAAGAAGCGCGAGCGCAGCAGCUGGAAUAUCGGCCAAUAUAUGGACAACCCAGAUUUCUGGUAUAAACGCGCACAAAAAAGGUGGAUGAUGAUUCGAAGACCUAAAGUAGCUGUAUUUGGGAAAGACUCGCAGUUUUCAUUUGGCACUCAUUUCUUCCAGCAUGAUGGUUUUAUAAACAAUGUGGCUCGGCAGUGGAAUAUCUAUCAUGCCAACAUGGCGCAGCAUUUUGACUACUUGUUUAAUCAUAACUCGAAAGUUAUAUCUGCACUGACGCUGAUAUUGGUUGAAAUGCAUGGCCGAGACAUAAAUAAAGACGCAUACAAAGCUGCGCUAAUCGGACGAGUAGGUGUCGACCAUUUUGCUCUUGCAGCUUUACACAACAGGCUCUCCUACGAAAACAGGCUUGAUGAGUUUGCAGACUAUCUCGUUCGCGAAGUCAUCAAGCUUGAAGGCGAGCAGUUUGAUGCUUUAGAUGAAAAAUUUCAGUGGGACCACGCAUUAGAAAGCGGUUUCUUCAUCGAAUCAAGAGGCGUCCAUAAAAAGCUGCAAGACGCACGAGGAUAUUUUAUUGCAGACGCCAUUCUGAUAGAACCUGAGUACUCUGAAAACCCUCAAUACCUUUCUUCUGUUGAAAAACUAAAGCUUCUCGAUAGCACUUAA